AUCAGCAUGAUUACGGAAAAAUGAAUGUCCUGAUUUUCAUGAAACUUGUUUUGCAGCACUAAUCCCUGGAUGCCGUUCCCUUACAAUAGGGGAGAUAGGGGAAGGGGAGGAGAAUGCCGGACAAAAUAGCCUGCCAAUGGCCAAGACUUAUACCCACAGUCCACAUCUGAUGCUGCAUGGAGCUGUGGUCGUGAAUGACACAGCAUUAACCCAAGACUUAGUGAUGCUGUUUCAGACACCUGUCAAAGUUCUGCUGUCUAUACUGCCAUGUCUUCUCUUUCUGUAUGGAAACGGCGUCAUGAUGUUUUCCUUGUUAAGGAAGCCUCUCCUCCUGGAGUCCCUCCGCUAUGUCCUGUUUGGUCAUUUACUCCUCACUGACUCUCUGCAGCUUCUAGUGACUAUGUUGCUGUACAUCAUUGCCGCGACCAUGGUCAGAAUGAUCAGCUACGUCUGUAUUAUUGUCACACCGUUUGCAGGCAUCACUGUUAAAAUGUCACCCCUCAACCUCGCUGUGAUGUGUUUAGAGCGGUAUGUUGCCAUUUGUUUUUCACUGAGGCAUGCCGAUAUUGCCACUACCAGGACAACCGGCGUGGCCAUUGCUUUCAUGUGGACAGUGGCCCACUUGACUCGUUCAGCCAGCAUUUCCUAUUUGUCAUGCUGGAGAACACAGGCUUCACUGUGCCAAGGUUCUUUCACAGACAAACUGUCUUCCAGCUAGAAAUGUAUUCAACUGUAAAUAUGGCCUUUUACCAUUGCAUAUUUUGUAUUAGUGAUACAAAAUGAUACACAUACAAUUCUAUCAUAAUUGCAGCCUCUUCUUAUGUCCGUAAUGCCAGUAAGGCCCAUAAGACAGUGCUGUUGCAUUUGAUUCAGUAAUGUCUGUGUCUCACCUUCACUCUGUUUAAUAUGAUAAACCCCAGAAGCACAUCAAAUACAAAUCCUGCUAUGGCCAGUCUUAUUCAGUAUGUGCUCUUGUUAGGUCUUAUCAUUUUCCCUAAGUGUUUGAGCUCACUCAUAUAUGGCCUAAAAGAUCGCACCUUCAGACAUGUCUUCAAAUAUUAUUUCACCUUUGGCUUCAAAGGCACUGUUAAACCAUUUCCUAAAUCUUAAAUUCAAAUACAUUAGGCUAAUUGUGUUAUGCUUUUUUCCUUUGCUUGCACAAUCCCGUUGAGUAGAAAUGCCACCUUAAAUUUGCAGUAGGCAAGUUUUUUUCUUUGUGUGAUUUAUUUAAGUAGGCUACAUGACAAA